GUUUUUUUCUUUAUAAAUCAGAAUAGAUAUUUUCCAAUAUAAAUAUUUUGAACUGAGAUUGUAACUAACAGAUAUUGAAGAUAUUGAUAGGGCAAAUGAAAUGUAGAAAUUAACAGGUAGAUUUAUUUUGUGGCUGCUCACCGGAAGUAUCGGAAUUCUGAAAAAAUGCAAGAAAGAAUGGAUGUACAACAAAUAUCCCCAAAAUCUAGCCCCAGGCCUUCCAGAUCACCAGUUGUUCCACGCCAGGACUCAACAGGGACACUGAAGACCACAAUAUCGCUAGGAAAACGUCCAGCAAUCAUCAAUACUGGACCAUUUUACCUUAUGAAAGAACCACCAGAGGAAAGUGAACUAACGGGAAGUUGCAAUCUGAUCUCAUAUUAUGGUCUAGAACAUUCCUACAAUAAAUUCUGUGGCAAGAAAGUGAAUCAAGAACUCAGUGCUUUUCUGCCAAGUUUACCUGGAAAUAUAGAUGCACCUGGAAAUCUUGAUAAUAGUAGUCUCCGUUCUGUGAUCGACAAGCCACCCAUUGUGGGGAAGGAGCUCACACAACUAUCCUCUCAGGCUUUGACAGGUUUCCGACUUCAUCCAGGUCCACUGCCUGAACAAUACAGAUUGUUUAACCAUGCCCCACCAAAGAAAAAACACAAACAUAAAAAGCAUAAAAAAGAUUCAAAAGAUAGUCCACUUUUGGAAAAUAUAG